UGAAGGUAGUCCUAGAAGUCUUGUAUUCGUUGUAGCCCUAGUUGUUCUCGUAGAGCUAGAGGAGUCUGAUCAUCAUGGACGAUGAUGAGCAAUUUUGUGUCGGAGGCAUCGAGCUUCCGAUCGAUGUGGAGGAGCGUGCCGAAUCUGCCACUACUAGCAGUUCUACCUGUGAGGAAUUUCUGGACCCCUAUCUGAGCCAACAGCAUGAACAGUAUCAGUACAACCAAACAGGAGGUGGUGGGUUGAGCAAGGUCGUUAUUCCGCCAGAAGGAUUCAUCUCAGGUACGCGUCAGCAUGGGUCCUCUACAGAACAUCUUCUGUAUCAGCAUGGCACGACUGGGGACUCCAUUUCAGGUAAAACUACAGGGAAUGGUCAUGGAGCAGUAGCAUUAAAGUUAAACCACAAUGCUCAGCAUGGAGGCAGUAGAAGUAGUAACAAUGCUGGUUUCAGCUUUCUAGUAGAAACAACGUCGUCUCAUGGUGGAAUAGCUUCAUCGGAUCACUCGUCUCCGGAGCAGCAGCAUCUUCUUGUAACACCUAGCAAAGGAUCUCCGAACUUUUUGUUAGAACAAGAAUUGAAGCGAAUGCUUUCGACAGAACGAACUGGUGGUGGCGAAGAUUUGAGUCAAGGUACUACUAGUUGUACUAACUGUGUAUACUUGGUGUUGUCUACUUGGUUUGGUAUUUUUGGUUGUACUAGUAAGCAAUAGGACGAAAAAGUAGGAGAAGUAGCAUGGAAGCAACAGAAAUAACAGUGGCCUUCGUGGUUCCGAUUACAACGAUAAUCCCAUACCUUCAGCUAAUCAGCCUCAAUCACCGAAGUUGCUCGAAUUGCCGCCACACGACGUUGUACUAGAUCACGUAAUUCAAAAACGAGAUGCGGACACCGAGUUCGAUGCGGCUCUCUGUUUGGAUAUCUUUGGGGCUAUUCCAGAUCAUAUAAAAACGGGGGACAUUACAGCCUCGAAAAUGAGGACAUUACUACAGCCCUCCGAUAAAAACGCCAUAGCGGAAUUGCCGACUUCGCCAACAGAAGAAGAAGUUUCAGAAGAGCAGCAGUUCUUGUUUCAGAAUGCUCUGCUUUUCUUAGAUUACGACGGAACAUUGCGCGAGUUUGAGGACGACCCACUUGCGGCAGUGCCAACAGAUAAUCUCAAUUACUUGUUGCAGGUACUCUGCAGUUUGCGGGAGAGGCUGAAGGUACCCCCCCUAAUGAAAGUAAAUUAGAGGUGUGAGAGGAGGAGGACAUAAUCGUAUAAUCGUAGUUCUACAACUUAUCAUUUCAUUUAGUAUUCUCUACGACAACUGCGGUGAUUUCGUCGUUAUGUCAUAUAUUUAUAUAUCGCAGGUCGUCAUCAUAUCCGGUCGCAGCGCAGAUUUUUUGGAGAACUACAUCGGCAAGCAGCACCAAGCCAUCACGCUAGUGGCAGAGCAUGGAUUUCAGGUCAGGCAUGCGUAUGAGGGCGAGUGGGAGUACAAUCAUCACCACUUCCAACAACAUGCUAACACGACCACUUCUGCAAGCUUAGACAUCAACCACAACAGUAGUGUACUAGGCGAAGGUGGACAUCCUGCAGCGCCGCAAAGCCAGCAGGGAGAACAACAGGACUGGCGAGAAGGCGUGUAUGAGCAAAUGAAGAAGCUGUCGCAUGUAGUCGGCAGCUUUGUGGAAGAGAAGACGAAAAGCUUGGUGUGGCAUUAUCGAGCGGUACUAUUGCUUGUUAAAUUUUUGUUCGCACCAUAGGCAUAUCUUUUAGGUCCUAGUUAUCUCCUAGCAGCUUUGACUUAAACAGUUCCUAAUCCGACAAACCAUCCAAUUACACAGUGCAAACCCGGUGACGGUGAAGAGGGCGUCGAGAUGCUUUUACAGUUACUGGAAUUAUCCGGUUUUCCUAUGGAGCGCGUUUCGAGAGGCAACAAGAUGAUUGAGGUCUUUGGUCCAGGAGGCCCUUCGAAGGGGUCUUGCAUGCGAAGUCUGAUCCAGAAAUUCUGGGCCGAUCUAACCACAUCGCCGUCGUCGAAAAAGAACAAGAAAAGGAGUGUUGUUUUCUGUGCUGGCGACGAUGUUACCGAUGAAACCAUGUUCGAGCUGAGAGCGGAUAGCAUCUUCCAACAGGGGAGCAAUCAGAACGUUUUGCCUCCGAAGUUUGUGUCCGUGAAAGUUGGUCCGGGCAAGAGCUGUGCCAAGUACCGCGUUGAGACACCGGCUGACGUCAGGUCUCUGCUUUUUGCGUUGUUUCAUCGCCUACGCGGAGAAGAACAAGCUAAAAAUUUGAUGAAAAUGGACAAUGCUGCAAAUAAUGCAAAUCAUGGGAACAACAACAUCAGCUUCAGUAUCAACAAUGGCAAUGCUGGCAACAAGAACAAUCUGGGCAAUCCGAACAACAACCCUCUGCAACACGCGAAUACUCUAUGGGCGACGACAUCGACUAAACCGACUUUGGACUCGAUUUUUGGCGCUACGAAGAGCAUGUCGAAUGAUGAUCUGAACUAG